AUGGCGACCAUCCCCACAACCGGCUCCGCCUCCCUCCUCAGGGGCUCCGCCGCCCUCCAGCGGCAGAGGGACGGGAGGUCAACCAGGCCGUCGGCGGCGGCCAGGCCGCUCCCCGGGCGCCGCGCGCGCUCGGUGUCGGUGGUGCGCGCCUCCGCCAAGGACAUCGCCUUCGACCAGGCCUCGCGCUCCGCCCUCCAGGCCGGCGUCGAGAAGCUCGCCGCCGCCGUCGGCGUCACCCUCGGCCCCAGAGGAAGGAAUGUCGUUUUGGAUGAGUUUGGCAGCCCCAAAGUGGUUAACGACGGUGUUACGAUUGCUCGGGCUAUUGAGCUUGCUGAUCCCAUGGAGAAUGCUGGUGCUGCUUUGAUUCGUGAAGUUGCUAGCAAGACAAAUGACUCAGCGGGUGAUGGGACCACGACCGCAUCUGUUCUGGCUCGCGAGAUCAUAAAAUUGGGGCUGUUGAGUGUUACCUCAGGGGCAAAUCCAGUAUCAAUUAAGAAGGGCAUAGAUAAGACUGUGCAGAGUUUAGUUGAGGAACUCGAGAAGAAGUCAAGGCCUGUGAAGGGCAGUGGGGACAUUAAAGCUAUUGCUGCCAUAUCUGCUGGAAACGAUGACUUUAUUGGGACCAUGAUUGUGGAGGCCAUUAACAAGGUUGGCCCUGACGGUGUCCUCUCCAUUGAAUCAUCAUCGUCGUUUGAGACUACUGUUGAAGUUGAAGAAGGAAUGGAGAUUGACAGAGGAUACAUCUCUCCUCAGUUUGUCACAAACUCUGAGAAGUCGGUUGUUGAGUUUGAAAACGCUCGAGUUCUUGUCACUGAUCAGAAGAUUUCCUCGAUUAAAGAAAUCCUUCCUUUGUUGGAGCAAACUACGCAGUUGAGAGCACCACUUCUCAUAAUUGCAGAGGAUGUAUCUGGUGAGGCUUUGGCAACUCUAGUUGUCAACAAGCUUAGAGGAAUUCUGAAUGUAGCUGCGAUUAAAGCUCCCGGUUUUGGUGAAAGGCGCAAGGCUCUCCUUCAGGACAUUGCCAUUGUUACAGGUGCUGAAUUUCAAGCCAAAGAUCUUGGGCAACUGAUCGAGCAGACAACAGUGGAGCAGCUCGGCAUAGCCAGGAAGGUGACAAUCUCCGGGUCAUCCACAACCAUAAUAGCAGAUGUUGCCACCAAGGAUGAGAUCCAGGCUAGAAUUGCACAGCUGAAGAGAGAGCUUUCUCAGACAGACUCGACAUAUGAUUCUGAGAAGCUGGCGGAGAGAAUAGCAAAGCUCUCUGGUGGAGUUGCUGUGAUCAAGGUUGGAGCUGCAACCGAGACGGAGCUCGAGGACCGCAAGCUCCGCAUAGAGGAUGCCAAGAAUGCAACUUUUGCGGCCAUUGAGGAAGGUAUAGUACCUGGAGGUGGUGCGGCCUAUGUUCACCUGUCGACAUUCGUACCAGCCAUCAAGGAGAAGCUGGAUGACCCUGAGGAGCGCCUCGGUGCUGAUAUCAUUCAGAAGGCUCUGGUGGCACCGGCAUCAUUGAUAGCGCACAAUGCCGGAGUCGAAGGGGAGGUGAUCGUGGAAAAAAUCAAGGACAGCGAGUGGGAGUUUGGGUACAACGCGAUGACCGACAAGCACGAGAACCUGGUUGAGGCUGGAGUCAUCGACCCCGCGAAGGUGACGAGGUGCGCCCUGCAGAACGCGGCGUCGGUGGCCGGAAUGGUCCUGACCACCCAGGCGAUCGUCGUGGAGAAGCCUAGCAAGAAGGCCCCCGCGCCUGCCGGGAUGCCCCAGGGUAUGAUGUAG